CACAAAGCCACAUAGUGCCAGUCACUGAUUCCAGUGUUCUUUGAGAUGGACCAUGCAGCUUUCUUUGUUGCUGUUCUCCAACUUUGUAGAAUUUUAGCUAGUGUGGAAGGAAGGUUUGCGGAUUCAACUAUAAAGCUUUCAGAGAAGAUGAAACUGGAAUGCAUAUAUCCAAAAAAAGCUGUGAUAAUACAGACAUCCUGGAUGAAACAAAAUGGAAGUCAUAAAGAAAAUAUUGCUGUCUUGCAUCCUACCUAUGGCAUACAUAUUGAAGACAAAUACAGAGGAAGAAUAUAUUUUGAAAAUACUUCCAGGGAAGACCAAUCCUUAUCCUUCAACAAAAGCACUUUGGAAGAUGUUGGUCUUUACUUUUGCUCCAUUGUAACUUACCCAGAUGGAGUCUCUGAGAAGGUAAUAGAAGUUAUUCAUCCAGCAGAUGCUUUUGAAAUAUCUGAGAGACAAAAUAAUCUGAUGUUUGCCAAGCCAGGAGGAAGUGUCACUUUUACUUGCCCUUACGACAUUGGAGGUUUGGUGCAGCAAGUGAAGUGGGAAAGGAUUAAAGCAGGUGGGACAGAUACCAUUGUCCUGUGUAACUCAGUAGGAGAGCAAAGAUUUGGCUCAGCUUUCAUAAAACGUGCACUGGUGGAUUGCUCUGGUCAGGCAAGCUCAACGAUUGUCAUUCAAAAUGUCACAGUUUCCGACUUUGCAAAGUACCGCUGCGUGGCUACUGGAAGAAAUAAAACCUUUGAGAUGAGUUUCACUGUGGUUGCAACUUGGGAUCACAAAUGGUUUAUUAUCUACAUAGCUGGAGGAACAUCUGCUGCUGUUUUACUGUUAGUUUUCCUACUCAUUUUCUGCAUCACCACUGCUUAUCGCAAAAAGAAGAAGAGGAAGAGGAUCACAAAGGCCUUAUUUAAUGCUUUGUAUUGUACUCAGGAUGAGCCUGGUAACAAUUAUGCAGAACACAAUUAUCACACCACAUGGGACACAGAAGGAGGAAAAGAAGAGUCAUCACUCAGGCCGGCACAGGAGAUUUAUGUGAACUGCAUAACCCUAAGAAAUGACAAUUAGCUUCUUUCUUGUGAAUGAAGUAAC